CGCUCGCCAUAUCAAUUCCAUUGUGGCCCGCCGAUUUGGUAUUUCCAGCCCUCCGUUAUUUCAUUCUCACAGUCACCUGCUUCUUUUAGCCUGAAGCGAGCGAUAAUGACAGACGACGCGACCACCGCGUCAAAGGACGAUGCUACAGUGUGGAAGAAUUUGGUUACCUGGAUACAUCGUGAUGCAAGCCAACAUAACGAGACGGACGGGGAUGAUCGAGGUACCGUCCACCCGGCCUUGACUCUGCGGACGAUUGAGGCUGAUCAUCGCGGAGUGUUCGCAAUAAGUCCAAUCCACAAGGGUGAAAUUUUGAUCCGAUUGCCUGUAUCGCAUGCUAUUCAUGGAGACGACGAAGAGACGCUACCAACGACGUGGAAUAUAAAGACGGAGAAUCAAUCCACCGCUAACAGCGAUUGUGCUGUAAAAGCAAGAAAAACGACAAGUGAAUUUCAGCGACAGGCAUCUCCAUGGUUGCGUUGUUUGGCCGCCUUUUGGGAGGCACAGGAAGACGAAGCCUUUUAUCCGUAUUUCGCCUCACUACCGACCUUUUACGAAACGGUAUGGGAAUGGUCGACGGCAGAAAUUCACGAUUACCUGAACGGUACGAGUACACAGGGAGGUGCGGCCGUGGGUUGGCAAAUCAGCGAGAAAAGUAUGCAAGAACGAUUUAAGGAACAGAUACGACCUUAUUUAGUCUAUUGUGGUAUCCUUGCUGUGGAAUCGCACCAAGCCACAGACAUUGAUGCAGAUGAGAACAAUCAACUGCAUCACUUGCUACACGAGUAUAAUCGUUUUUCCGUUGCUUGUCAGUGUCUUUCCACUCGAGGCUUUCAUUUAUCCACAACAGCAAUAGAGGAGUCCAAGCAAUCGUCUUUGCACAAACAGCGAGUACAGGGCGACACUUCUCGUACCAAACCAGCCUACCCCGGUCCGUUCCUGUUGCCUCUCAUUGAUUUGUUGAAUCACAGCACCGAACUCCGCUGUACAAGUUUGCAACGCUUUCCUGACGCCUUUGUUAUGAUUGCCGAGCGGGAAAUUGCUUUGGGGGAAGAAAUACUUCACAGCUAUGGUGAUGAUUUGACGGCUAGCCAAUUUUUGCAAACAUUCGGAUUCGUUCCUCGCGCAACAAUGAUGAACCGCUGUAAUAGUACUGCUCCCGAACCAUCUACGAACGACUUGACCAUGCAUACUUUGUCACCCGCUAUUCUACGCAAACAAGAAGUCAUGGAAGGUUGCUUCCAAGUAAUCGAAGAAAUGAGUCUUCCCACCAAACUGGCAGCAUCCAUGGAGGCUCAGAACAUGGAAGACGAAGUCUGGAGUGUCGCGGUGGAUCGGUCGCGGCAAGCGGAUUUUAUUUCGGAUGACUUACUCAUUGAUGCCGCGAAUCCUUUGACGGACGAGCUCGUCACGUUGUGCUGUCUGCCUUUUUUACCUCAGUGUGCCUACCAAGAAGCCGCGUCGGGCUUGUUGGAUCGGAGCAUUCUGGAAGAUUACUUUUUGGGAAAACUAGUCUGUACCAGCUUGUUGCGUAUAAUCGAAACAAAGCUCACAGGAUACGAGACACUCGUCAAGGGUCGCACACUCAAAGAGGAUCAGAGACAGUUACGCGAGUUGCUGAAGCAAGAAACUUCCAAGAAAGAUGGGAAAUGUUUUGGCACGCUGGACUGGACGACGGAACGACGACUCCAGUAUGGGUUGACAAUUUGUGUGGAAGAGAAGAUGUGUUUGGCAGCUCUACGUCGCAAGGUUUUGCAAGUUUUGACAAAUUUGGAUCAAGACGCCGCCGUGGAGUUGGAAACGGUUGAUUGCAAAAGACCACGAGUGUAA